AUGCCGUACCAACAGGCCCUGCCCACACCGGACCACAACCACCACCACAACCACGACCACCACCAGGAGGAUCCGAAAUCGUCGCCCCACAGGAGUCAGUGGUACCCGGAUGUGUACUCGAAAUCCUUCAUCUCGGAUCAUGAGCGCUCCAUCAAUAUCUACCCCGCGUCGACGGUCAGGGCCCAGCCGCCACCGCGUGUGGACUUCGCCCGGUUCGUUGAGAACUUCGCGGGGAAGGGAUUCCUGUCGCAAUGGGUGCCCGCUGUGAUGCCGAUGGAGAUGGCGACAAACGCUGUGGCGAUCGCGAUCGGUCCGUUCGCGCUUGAUUCCGAAAACUACGGGGCACAUUUCUUGAAGCUCCUGGCGGAGGAAAUCGCGGCGGAUGAUACGAUCAGUAAGAGCUAUAAUCUGUACAAUGCUACGAUCAUUCCGCAGGAUCCUAGCCAGUUUCUGUUUCAACUGCAGCUGCCGGGGUUAAGGGAGAAUACACCGAUGGUCCAGCUUGGAGAUCUGAUUAAACUCAGGCAGGUCAAGCCGGGAAUGCCAGGGUACUAUCCGGUGUUUACGGGUUACGAGCACGAGACGUAUGUUUACGGAAUCGAUAAGACGGUGGGAUAUGUGGUCCUGAGGGCGGAUGGGCUAUGGCUGGAGCCGGGAGGGAAGUUCAAUGUGAUUUUCGGAGUUCAGGAACAGCGGUGGGAGGGAUGCAAGCGGGCGAUUGCCAACAUUGGGAAUUCGCUGCCGAUUCCCGGCCAGAAGAAAACCGAGGAUGGCACCGAUACCGCCGAGCGUCCGUACUUGAAAAGGAUGCUAUUUCCGGAGAAGUCGGAUGGGAAGAUGCAGCACACGCUCACCCGAGGGGUAUUUGAGACGCACUGGAUCGAUAGGGAGUUGAAUUACGAGCAGCAUAAAGCUGUUGAUUCGAUCCUGAGGCAGGAUUACGGGAGCGUUCCUUUCAUAAUAUCCGGUCCUCCUGGGACGGGAAAGACGAAGACGAUCGUCGAAGCAGUCCUUCAGCUCAUCUAUGCACCUCGAACUCCAAGGCACCACAUACUGCUCUGCGCCCCUUCGCAGGAGGCUGCUGACACUCUUGCCCUCCGGCUAGCCCAGCAUCUCGACCCGACGGUGCUUUUCCGCCUGCAAUCGAACACCCGGACGUUCUCGGAGGUCCCCAUCAGGCUGAUGACCUACACCCACAUCGAGAACGACAUGUUUUCGAUUCCGGAGUGGAAAAAGCUCAUGAGAUUCCGGGUUGUCGUCUGCUCAUGCCGCGAUGCGGAUAUCCUGGUCCAGGCGCGAUGUACAAAUCGCGAUCUCGGCCGUUGGGAGAAGAGCGUGGUAGACUCGUUGCGUGGAGUCGCCGAGGACUCGCCGGAUUUUGUGGAGGUCGGGGAGAGUGUGCGUCUCCAUUGGUCCGCUCUACUCGUCGACGAGGCUGCUCAGGGAAUGGAGCCUGAGAUUGUCAUUCCUUUGUCGGUUGUUGCGCCACCAGAAGAGGCCAGCAGUGAUAAACCCAUCGUGGUCAUGGUCGGGGACCAGCGUCAGCUCGGACCCAUCACCGUGAAGGAUGGGGAGCUGAGGAUAAGUGCUUUCGAGAGACUGUUUGCUAGGCCGAUCUACAGCGAACACCCGUGGCGAAGGGAGCUAUAUUCGACUUUUGGUGGCAUCAAAGGUCGUUCGGAGGAGGUGACGGCAGAUCUUCGAGCAAAGAUGCUACCGUGUCUUUACCCAGCGUUCACCAACUUGGUCCGGAAUUACCGCUCUCACGCAGCCAUCCUUGCGGUACCUUCGGCGUUCUUCUACAACGACACCUUGAUCCCCGAAGCUACGGAUUCAAGCGCCCUGGAAGGCUGGACCGGUUGGAAAGGAUCCCCCGUCAUGCCCGUAAAGCUGAUACUCAACUCCGGCCUUGACGAAUCUCACGAAGAAGCCAUUUCAUUCUACAAUCUCCGCGAGAUUAAGCUUGCGGUUGAAACCGUUCAGUCCCUUCUGUCGCCCGAUUUCUGGCCUGAGGACGAAAACGGGAAAAAUACAGUGCCCAUCACUCCGCACCAAAUCGCCGUGAUGUCGCCUUUCCGAGAACAGGUUAAGCGCCUCCGAAAGGCCUUUAGGGCAGCGGAUCUGAAUAAGGUCAACGUCGGACCAGUCGAGGCUUACCAGGGUGCCGAAUAUCGCUUCGUCAUCAUCUGCACUACGCGAGCCAGGGAGCGGUUCCUCAAGAAUGACAGAGAGAAAGGCGCCGGCCUGAUAUUCGAGGAGAGGCGCGCCAAUGUUGCCUUAACCCGAGCUAAGCAAGGCCUGGUCGUCAUUGGCAACCCGUGGAUCCUUGAGCGCGACAGCAUCUGGCGGGAAUGGAUGAGCUUCGCCUGGCGCCACGACGCCGUCGACUUUGAUUCCGAGGAAGACUUCAGCCCCAGGGCCAAGCACAAGGAGAAGGUGUUCACUCCCGACCUCUCGGCUUCACCCGCCUCCUCCUCCGCCACUUCUGCCUGCGCCACACCAAAAACCUACGCUUCCGUUCAAUCCGCGGGGAAAUCUAAGCCUGUCAAUGCAUGGCGACCGCGCGGGGAUGUCGAGUCGACAGGUCUGUUUAGUAGACUUGAGACGGCGUUGGUGUUCAGGUCCAAGGCGAGGGAUGGCGCAGUGUUCGGAUUCAAUUCAGGAUGGGAUGAGGACGAUCCCAUGUUUCUGGCGGGAAUUGCGGCGGAGGAGGAGGUUACGAGGCAGAUUGAGAUCAAUGGGUGGUAAUAGGUUGUUUUUUUCACUUUCUUCCUGGUAUAAUUUAGGGCGAAGGAGGUUUUUUUUCUGGUAAUACGUGGGAUGGGAUUGUCAUUUUUUUUUGAAGGGAAGGUUUUUUUUUUCUGGUAAUACGUAGGAUGGAAUUGUCAUUUGUUUUAGGGCGAUGAGAUGAGAUGAGAUGGGAUGGGAUGGGAAUAUGCUGUCUUCUGUGGUGUUCAAUUGUUGCAACUUGCUGCUUGGUAUUAUUAUUAGCUAGAGAAUUGGCUUGAUUGCUUUGAUUUGACCGUCCAUGCCAUAUACUACGUAAAAAAG